CAGCCGCCGCCGCCGGACGGAGCAACCGCGCGCCGGGAGCCGCGGGCCGGGCCAGCCGGGCCGCCGGGGCCCAGAGCGCCGCGCUCGCAGCGGGUAGCGCCGCUAGUGCCGUCCGCGCUCUCUCGGCGGCCGCGGGGCCGCAGGCUGGUCCGGGGAGGCGGCGAGGGCGGUGCCCAGGCGCCCGCCGCCCGGCAGGCAGGAUGAGCAUCGAGAUCCCCGCGGGACUGACGGAGCUGCUGCAAGGCUUCACGGUGGAGGUGCUGAGGCACCAGCCCGCGGACCUGCUGGAGUUCGCGCUGCAGCACUUCACGCGCCUGCAGCAGGAGAACGAGCGCAAAGGCGCCGCGCGCUUCGGCCAUGAGGGCAGGACCUGGGGGGACGCGGGCGCCGCCGCCGGGGGCGGUACCCCCAGCAAGGGGGUCAACUUCGCGGAGGAGCCCAUGCACACCGACUCCGAGAACGGGGAGGAGGAGGAGGAGGAGGAGGCCGCGGACGCCGGGGCGUUCAACGCUCCGGUAAUAAACCGAUUCACAAGGCGCGCGUCAGUAUGUGCCGAAGCUUAUAAUCCUGAUGAAGAAGAAGAUGAUGCAGAGUCCAGGAUUAUACAUCCCAAAACUGAUGAUCAAAGGAAUCGAUUGCAAGAGGCUUGCAAAGACAUUCUGCUAUUUAAGAACCUGGAUCCGGAGCAGAUGUCUCAAGUGUUAGAUGCCAUGUUUGAAAAAUUGGUCAAAGAAGGGGAACAUGUAAUUGAUCAAGGCGAUGAUGGUGACAACUUCUACGUGAUCGAUCGAGGAACGUUUGAUAUUUAUGUGAAAUGCGAUGGUGUCGGAAGGUGUGUUGGUAACUACGACAAUCGUGGGAGUUUCGGUGAACUGGCCUUAAUGUACAAUACGCCCAGAGCAGCUACGAUCACUGCUACCUCUCCGGGUGCUCUGUGGGGUUUGGACAGGGUAACCUUCAGGAGAAUAAUUGUAAAAAAUAAUGCCAAAAAGAGAAAAAUGUAUGAAAGCUUUAUUGAGUCACUGCCAUUCCUUAAAUCUUUGGAAGUUUCUGAACGCCUGAAAGUGGUAGAUGUCAUAGGCACCAAAGUAUACAACGAUGGAGAACAAAUCAUUGCUCAGGGAGAUCUGGCAGAUUCUUUUUUCAUUGUAGAAUCUGGUGAAGUGAAAAUCACUAUGAAAAGGAAGGGCAAAUCCGAGGUGGAAGAGAAUGACGCAGUAGAAAUUGCUCGGUGUUCCCGGGGACAGUACUUUGGAGAACUUGCUCUGGUCACUAACAAACCCCGAGCAGCUUCGGCGCACGCCAUCGGGACCGUCAAAUGUUUAGCCAUGGAUGUGCAAGCAUUUGAAAGGCUUUUGGGACCUUGCAUGGAAAUUAUGAAAAGGAACAUUGCCACUUACGAAGAACAAUUAGUUGCCCUGUUUGGAACUAACAUGGAUAUUGUUGAACCCACUGCAUGAAGCAAAAGUAUGGAACAAGACCUAUAGUGACAAAAUUACACAGUAGUGGUUAGUCCACUGAGAAUGUGUUUGUGUAGAUGCCAAGCAUUUUCUGUGAUUUCAGGUUUUUUCCUUUUUUUACAUUUACAACGUAUCAGUAAGCAGAGUAGUGAUUUAAUACUCUAUAGGCUUUAACAUCACUUUCUAAAGAAUAGAUCAAAACAAUAUUGACAUACUGAUGAAAUGACUUUGUACUCCACAAAAUUAUGAUCUCAGUGAGAGGUUUAUUCAAAUGAUUGUAAUAUAUUGAAAGUAUCUGUGUGCAAGAAGAUAAUUGAAGGGUGUUACCAUGGGCAACAUGUGUUCAUGUGGACUCCCUCGGAUUGCUGUGUUAGUGACUAUGCCCAUGUAAAAGGGAACUUGGCAGUGAACCAUGCUCUACAGCAUGGCAUCACAUUCUUUUUACAACUCGCUAUAUAUAUAGUAAGUACAAUUUUAAUCAUUUUUGUUUUCAAGUUUUUCUGGCUUGAUAAGUUAUGUGCUGGCCUUGGACUAUGGCAUAAAACAUCAUAUGCAAUUUUAAAACCUUUUAUAUUUUUGCAAUAAAGUACGUUUUGACUUCUUUGGCCUAACGUCAGUAACCUACAUGUUCCAGUGGUUUUAAGGACGGGCAAUGUAGUCAUUAUGAUAAUAGGGAAGAGUCUUUUUUAGAGGAGAGAUCAUUAACACAGUUUCCUCAUAAAACAUAUAUCUACUUCCUUUUUUCAUUGUAUAGUUCUCUGUACUCUUAAAAAAUUUGAGUUCGACAUUUAAUGUCACAGUUUUUUUUAAAGCUAUUUAAACUUGUCUUAUAGAAGCUGAAGAUACUACAUAUGUUGGGGGGGGGGAACUGUCCUAUACCAAAAAUAUUUUGGAGUCCUUAUCUACACGCCCACGGGAUAUUUCUCAGUUCUUCACUAGGCAUACAUAACACAGUCCUCUGCAGACAUCUGUUCCCUUGGGUUUCCUUUAUGGUGGUAGAAAUAAAUUUUUAUAAACCAUACAUAAAGAUAAAAGGAAUUUCUGCCCAGUCCAGAUGUACCAUUAGACCUUGCCAUUUGCAUUAACGUAGACUCAAAUGUGCAGGAUGAACUCAGUUGUAUAAAUUUUCAUUGAUAAUUGAUAUGCUUAUUAUUCUGCUAUAUAAGAUGAAUUAAAUUCCACUCAACCAAAGCAGUAUUAUUCUUAACGUGAUUUCUAGGCUCACAUGACCACAGUGUUUGGAGAGCUUAAUUCUAACCAGUUGUUCACUUUUAAAUGAGCAAUUUCAUUUUGGGGAAACAGGUUUUAAAAAAACAUAUACCUGGGUAAAAAUAUUCUGUGGCUGUUAUAGUGUGGUGUUAUUAGAGAAUGUUUAUGGUCUGAUAUAAUGAAAAUAUGGCUAAAAUAGGUUCAUUGGGUCAUGUAUAUGUAAACAAUAUGUAAAGUAUAACUUCAACCCCAUUUUAGAACACUGAUUAACGAUUUUGCAAACCUUAAUGUAGGAAGAGAGCUUACUACAUGAAGAUGACUUCUUUUCUACUUCAGAUUUUAUUUUAAAAGUCAUGUCUGUUAGACAAGAAAAAAAAAAAAAAACGCAAAGAACCCACCCAAAUUCCUGGUUCAUCAUUCUGUAUUCUUUAUCCACUUUUUCAAGAUACCUUGUUGCAUAAGCUGAUUGUUAACUGUUCAUGGAAUAGCAAACAAAUGCCUGUUUAAUAGAGAAUUCUGACCAAGGCUGUAAAUGCCAGUUACAUUAUUUUCAGUAUUGUUGGUUAUAUUUAAAUUUACCUUAUAAUAAAGCACACUUUUAUAAUAAAAUGUUUUUAAUGAA